AUGGCAAGUCGCAAGCUGUGUGAUGAACAUCAACUUCCGGCCAUGGAUCCUUCUCCUUCACAAAAAGAAAAAUACACAUUGAAAGAAAGGGAACUCUGUUUCUCAAACCUAACUUUACCAAGUUGGAGGAAAUCGCCGCCCGUGUUCCGUUUUGUUCCGAGUGUGCCGCCGGUAACAGCCUCGUCGGCCGUUGUUUGCUGCGAGUGUGUCUCCAGAAAUUGCAUUACAGUCGGUUUUGUGGGUAUCCUUUUCGUUUCCGAAGAUUUGUUAGGAUUAUCCCAUGGAGAUGCUAAUAGUGAUCCAAAGAAGAGUGACCCACAAAUGCAUUCAUCUACAUCGGCUCAUGCUCCAUGUAUUCUAAAGCAAAGUAUCAAUGAAGAUGAUGAUGAGGACAACGGCGCAAGUGAUGAAAUUCAUGAGGACGACUUAAGUGAUGAGGAUGAAAUAAGUGAUGAAUUUCAAGAAGACGACAUAAGUGAUGACGACAUAGGUGAUGACCUUCAAGAUGACGAUUUAAGUGAUGAAGAAGAGGAUGAUGUAGAUGACAACAAGUUGGAAAAAUUUAAAUGAGUUGGAUUUUUUUGUUUUAAGCUUCUACUUAAGCAUUGAACUUAAAAAAAAACUAUCUAUUUUGUCAUUUUGCUAGACUUAGAUUUAUAAGUGUUAAACUUGUAGUAUUAGACAUUUUAUGUAUUUGAGUUAACGCUUGAAGAUUUUAUUCACAAAUUUUUUGUGCUACAUGUAAUAUAUGU